CCAUGACAAGAUCUAUAAAUACAUACUCCACAUAGUCUUUCUUCUUCCCAUCCCAAGAGCAUAGAGAAAAAUCAAACAUGUCUAAGGCUAUUAGAGUCACCACCCUCUGCAUGAUAGCAAUCCUCCUCCUUUCCAUGCUCUCAUACACCAUUGCCCGCCCUACUCCGACCUUCAAAGAUGUUACCCCCAUGGAAUCUCAUCACACGGAUGAAGAGGUGGCAAAGGCUAAAACCGAAGAGAAUUGCUCAGGGCCAGGAGAAGAAGAGUGUUUGAUGAGAAGAACGCUUGCCGCUCAUCUUGAUUAUAUUUACACCAUGAAUAAGCCAACAUCCAAAUAAUUAUAUAAUAAAUUUCCUUUUUCUAGUUAAUAAAAAUAAGUGCUAGUUUUAUGUAAUGUUGUUUGGUAUAAUUAUAAGGUAUAAUGAUUUUCCUUAUAUUUCCAU